UGGCCAGAGGCUCGCACCAGCGCGGAGAUGCUGCUCCCGUCCAUCCAUCCCCUGCUCGGACUCCUCCUGCUGCUCCCAGGUUCUGCAGCUCCCACGAACUCCUCCACCCCUGCUGGAACAGGUCCAUCCCCACCUGCAGCAGCCAGCCCUGAAGCAAAGAGCCCUGAAGCACGGAGCAACAGCUCAGAGCCAUCAGUAAUAACAACACCGCUGACCAAGCUGAACCUCACCACUGUGGGUCAAAACACAACAGAAAAAUCCUCCCCCACCCAUCCAACAACCCUGACAGCAACCUCUGAGAGAGAUGAUAAGUCCAGUGGAAACAGAAGCACAGCAGCUCCUCCUCCAACACCUCAAGGUCAGGACCCCGUGAGCAAUGAGAGCAGCACAGCAGCAGCGACUCAAGGCACCUUAAAACCCAUCACCCCAACAUCCAAAUCCUCCAGCCUCUUGCCUGAGCCCACCCCGACAGAUGAGAAAUCACCGCUGACCGUGGCAGCUUUUGGUGUCAUCAGCUUUGUUGUUAUCCUGAUAGUGGUGGUCAUCAUCCUGGUCAGCGUGGUCAGCCUGAGGUUCAAGUGCAACCACUCCAAGGACUCAGAAGACAAACAGAAACCAGGAGGCUCCAUGGUGUCAGAGAGCUGCUCGGCAGACACGAGCCAGAAGGGGAACAGCAUCACUCUGAUCUCCAUGAAGAACAUCAACACCAACAACAGCAUGAGCUACCCCCCAUCAGAAAAGGUGCUAUGAAGCCAAGAGCCCAGGGCUUGAAGCUGACACGUGACAACCAGCAGUGGCUUUCUAGGUUCUUUUUUUUUUUAUUUUGUCCUUCGGGGAAAGAGCAAGGGUGGACUUUAUAUAUAAAUUAUUAUGUCCUUUCUGAUCAGUACAUUUACAGUAGUGUCCUACAUAGCUUCCCCACCUGGGGCCUAAGGGCUUUCUCCAGUUACAGCCUGCCACUCUCGGUGCUUGAUACCUAACUCUAUUUUUUAUAUGCCUUCAAACACUCUGAUAAUUCCAGCAGCAAGAAGCACCAAGGCACCAUCCACUCUGCUAAUAAACCUCUGCCUUAGAUUAAUGGCCUUUAUAGUCUGUGCCAGGCAGUCACAGGCUCAUUAAUCAGCAUAGCCCCACGUGGAGCCAGACCUGUGUUCUGGCAAAGCCUGAUCCAAAGCUGAAGGCCUUAAAUGCCCAAGUUCUGGGUCAAAUCCCAGCAGGACUGCUGCAAGCCCCUUUAUCCCCAGUGCCCUCAUUGUCCCCACAGCAGUGGGAUGCUCACAUCCACCUACCUCACAGGGUUGUUGUGAGGCUUUGUUAAUCCCUGUCUGUAAAGCGUUUGGAGAGGCGUGAA